AUGGGGAGUCAUUCCAAGUUUGUAUAUAAAGAGAAACUAUGUUUUAGGAGGGAUAAUACCUAUAGAUAUCUACCCACAAACUCAUUUAAGGUCUGUGGUGGGCAGUUUUACAGCUUUUCUGUUUUUAAGAUUUAUUCCACAGCUUUGCUUGUUGCAAAGAAAUUUGUAGUGAUCCUCCUGAGAUUAGCUUUUAAGCUGUGUUAAAUUUGUGGCAAGGGUGUCAGGCAUUUCAUACUUGACUUAAAAAAAAAAAAAAGAGAGCGAGAGAGAGAAAACAUUGUGUGUGUGGAAGAAAUCUUGCUGGAAUUUCCUCAAAGGUUGUAAUAUGGACUGAAGUGACAAGAAAAGCAAGACAGGGAUAAAACUGUGGGGGAUUGUGAAAAGAUGUCCCAUUGCAUAAAGCUGGCUGCUGUAGAAACACUCUGGGAAUACACAUGUUCAUCUUGUCGUGGAUAUGACUGAGUACAAGCAAGUUGCUCUCUAUUGACAGUUCAGAAAACAUAAGAUUAUGUUUCUCGUACUUCCUGCUUUUUUGCCAGUAUUUUUCAAAAUUGGUUUUGUUAGCCUCUCAGCUUUACAGCACUGGAACUGUCCCAGAGGAUACCGAUUGGGGAAUGAAAACUCCACUUGUAUAGAUAUUGAUGAAUGCCUUGAAAAUGGUCUAGGUACCUGUGGCCAAACCUGUGUCAAUGUUCCAGGGUCCUAUUUCUGCUCCUGUUUGCCUGGCUACACUCUGGAUAAUGACAAGUGGUCCUGUUAUGUUGAUGAUCCUGCACCAUUCUUAAUUUUUAGCCAUGGAAAUGCCAUCUUUAGAGUUGACAGAGAGGGGACCAAUCACGAACGGCUAGUUGCCAAUGCUGGCGUAUCAGUGCUCAUAGAUUUUCAUUACAAAGAAGAGAAAAUGUAUUGGGUGGACUCUGAAAAAGGGCUUCUGCAACGAGUGUACCUGAAUGGCACAAAACAAGAGAGACUACGCUAUGUUGAAAAUGGUGUUUCGGGGUUUGCCAUCAACUGGAUAAAUCAAGAUAUUCUUUGGGCCAACCACCGGAAAGCAACUAUUGAAGCAACUGACAUGAAUGGAAACAAUUCCCGAGUCCUUUUAAAAGACUUAGGUCAUCCCACAAGUAUUGCUGUUGACCCUGGGAAAAGGUUUUUAUUUUGGUCUUCAGAUGGUGCUCUUUCUAGCGUUCACAGAGCAAUCCUUGAUGGAACUGACAUGAGAAGUGUUUUGAGGACCACAGAAAAAAUAAAGACCAUCUCAUUGGAUUUUAUUGACAUGAGACUCUUUUGGAUCCAGUAUGAUAGUGAGAAAGAUGUUUCACGCAUUGGAUCAUGUGACUAUAAUGGUGGCUCUAUACAUUUGCCCAAACAUUCUGCCCGACACCGUUUAUUUGGCAUAUCUCUGUUUACUGAGUACUUCUACUAUUCAGAGCCGAAAAGUGGCACGAUCCAGAGAGCCAAUAAAUUUACAGGAAAAGUUAUAGUCACACUCAGCCUGAAACCAUCAUUUUUGCCACCUGCUGAAGUAAAAGUGGUGCAUCCAUUUAAACAGCCUGGUGCAAGAACAGAUGCUCGAGAUUUUGAACACAGAUCCUGCCAUUUGAACAAAGAAAACUGCAAGAGAAGCAUCUGCAGGGAUGACUCCAAGACCCAUCGGUGCAAGUGUUCAGAUGGAUUUGUUUUAAGUAGAAGUAGGCAAUACUGUGAAGAUGUCAAUGAAUGUGCUUUUUGGAACCACGGCUGCACUCUGGGAUGUGUAAAUAUCCCUGGCUCGUAUUACUGUACAUGCCCACGAGGUUUUAUUCUGCUGCCUGAUAGAAAAACAUGUCAUGAGCUCAUUUCCUGUGAAAAUAAUCAUACUGAAUGCAGCCAUGGUUGUCUUGAAACAUCUAGAGGGCCUGUUUGCUUCUGUCCUGAGGGAUCAGUGCUCAGAGUAGAUGGCAAAACAUGCUCAGGUUGUACAUCUCUGGAUAAUGGUGGAUGUAGCCAGAUUUGUACCUCUUUAAGUCCAUCUUCCUGGGAGUGUGGUUGUUUUCCUGGAUAUAAGCUGCAGGGGGAUAAAAGACACUGCACUGCCAUAGGCCCCAGGCCAUUUUUGUUAUUUGCAAAUGGCCAGGACAUCCGCCGCAUCAGUUUUGAUGGAACAGAUUACACAAGUUUACUCGACUGGCAGAUGGGCAUAGUCUUAGCACUGGACUAUGACCCAGUUGAAAGUAAGAUUUAUUUUGCACACACAGCCUUGAAGUGGAUAGAACGAGCUGAUCUGGAUGGCUCAAAUCGUGAAAAAAUUAUUUGUGAAGCUAUAGAUAUACCUGAAGGUCUUGCUGUGGACUGGAUUAACCGUAAAUUGUAUUGGACAGACAGAGGGAAGUCUUACCUUGGGAGGAGUGAGUUGAAUGGAAUGCACAGAGAAAUGAUCAUCAAGGAGGACAUCUUCCAGCCCCGAGGGAUUGCUGUUCACCCACUAGCUAAGAGAUUAUUCUGGACUGACUUGGGGGUCAACCCACGGAUCGAAAGUGCUUCCCUACAAGGCAUUGAUCGUCUGAUUAUAGCUAGCACUGACCUGGUUUGGCCCAGUGGAAUAACUGUCGACUGCUUAGCUGACAAGUUGUACUGGUGUGAUGCUAAACAGUCUGUUAUUGAAACUGCAAGUCUGGAUGGUUCUAAACGCCGAAUACUUACACAGUAUGAUGUAGGCCAUCCAUUUGAUGUAGCAGUAUUUGAGGAUCACAUUUGGUUCUCUGACUGGGCUAAGCCUUCAUUAACGAGGGUGGACAAGCAGACCGGCCAAAACAGGGUACGUCUCCGAGGCAGCAUGCUGAGACCCUCGUCAGUGGUUGUAGUUCAUCCUUUGGCGAAACCAGGGGCAGAUCCCUGCCUUCAUGAGAACGGAGGUUGUGAUCAGAUCUGUGAAGACAGAUUUGGAGUUGCUCAUUGCUCAUGUCACAAAGGCUUUAUGAAAACCCAAAAUGGAAAAACCUGUCAGGCCCUGAAUAUUCCUGAGACAGCAGCAGGGGGUAUCUCUGUACACAAGAAGGCAGCACCACAGAAUAAAACAGCAACAUUGGAAACCGUAUACCAAAGUCCACUGAAUAGUAGGACAUAUGGGGAUACUAACAAUGGGGAGGAGCUACAGACCCAACACUUGUUGAUGGCUGAAAUCAUGGUGUUUGAUCGAGAUGACUGUGCUGUGUUAGAAUGUAAUGUCAACGCCCAGUGUGUUCCCCUGGAAGAUGGUGCUAUGUGUCAGUGUUUGAAAGGAUUUACCAGGGAGGGUAAAUCAUGCUAUGAUAUUGAUGAGUGUGCUCUUAACAUGGACCGCUGUAAUCGAUACCUAUCGGACUGUAUCAAUACCGAAGGUGGCUAUGUCUGCAAGUGUCUGGAGGGAUACAGUGGAGAUGGGCUUCAUUGUUAUGAUAUCGAUGAAUGCAAGCUGGGGACACACACGUGUGCAGAAAACACUGUCUGCACCAAUACUGAAGGAAACUACACUUGCACUUGCAUUAAUGGUCUAUCUGGAACUGAGGUCAACUGUGCUGAAUCUGCUAUGCCUUCUACCACGAGCACCAGUGAUGACAACAUUUCCUCUGAACAAGAUGGUUUUGUGGGCUGCCCUUCUUCAUACGAGUCCUAUUGUCUUCAUGGUGGAGUUUGUAUUUAUGUUUCAAUUCUACAAGACUAUGCGUGCACCUGUGUGACUGGUUACGUGGGGGAGCGCUGUCAGUUCAGCGACUUGGAAUGGUGGGAACAGCAGCAUGUGGAGCAAAUGAAGAAGCGGAACAUCACAAUUGCAGUUUGUAUAGUUGUGCUGAUCCUGCUGCUCCUCCUGGGAUCUCUUGCUGCUUACUGUUACAGAAGUCAGAACUUCUAUAAGAAGAAUCCAUACGCAGAAGCGAUAAGAAAUGCCAGGAGCAGUGCCGACAGUGAGAACGUGACACCUACUAGCAAUAAGCCUCGGUUCAUUGUUGUGAUGGCACGAAACGGUCACAGGGAACGCAGAGAUGUCGAUCUAAGGGACUGUGAGACGUCAGAUCGCGGUCACUCCUGCUCUUCGGAGUCCGCAUAUGCACAGCCUCAGCCUGCAACAAACAACAAAGCAGCACAGAUGCUAGCGGAAGAGGAGAGACAGCAAGGCUGCCGGCAACAUUUUCUCAAUGGUAGGAAGCCUCAGCUUGGUGAAGCAGAGAGGAGCCCUCACCAGCUUCAGCGGAGCAUCAGCCCCAUUGCCAUGUUGGAAAGUGACCUUCACUCCCCAGCACCAUCCAGCCUGUUAAUGCAGCCUGAUUAAAGGGUCCGAGAACUGAGCUGAAGCUGGGGUAGUAUGGAACUGAAACUUACAAAGUGCAGCAAUAUUUUUUCUUUAAACUGUACAUUAAAAAAAAUACCUUGCCAGUCUUUCCUUAUCAUCUCUGCUUGGAAGCAUUGCUGUGAUGACUAGACCAGUGCUAAAUAUUCUAUUACAUUUUUAAUAUCCUGUAAAGGUCCUACGAAUUACAGUACUUUGCAGGUAAAAGGACACUGGAUGAGAACUCACCCCAGGUGGUGACCAUUAGAAACAAACAUCUUCUGAAUGAUUUUAUUGUUAUUUUUGGGUGUUUGCUUUCAUCAUAUACAUUCAGAAGUCAUGAAAACAAAGUAGGUAACGGUAACCAGGAUGACCAUAUGGAGAAAUUUACUGCAAUUCUGUAAACUAAGAUGAUGCAGUAGAAUCAGAUAAAAUGGUUUCUUCAUUAAAAUACUACUCAGGGACACUGUAGGCUGGAUGAUCCUCUCCCCUAUGCUAGUUUUAUACCAGGGUACCUCCUUUGACUUUGGUGGAGUUAUUCCUCAUAGAGACUUAUGUAAGUGAGAGCAAAUUGAGAUUCUAUACUUUUAAGAUUUAGCUGGACCAUAAGAAUUUUUGUGUAAAUGAGCAUCAAUUAUAUCCAGCAAGGGAGAUGUAGCCUCUGGGGAAAGUUAUGUCAUUUAUAAAUCUUUCUAUCUAAAAUCUUCAAAGUCCCUUCAGAUCAUGAAAUGUUUUGUUCCUGGGGUGAGACAAUGGGCCAGAUUCUUCUCAGUAUAAAUGCACUGGAGUUAUUCUCACUUUAUAUUCAUGUGACUGAGAGUGAAAUCUGGCUCAUUAUGGAUGGGUCUGGCGUAUGGAAAGAGUUCCAACCAUCUACCACAUCAAAUACACACAUUUUAUAAAAAAAAUAGGAAAAAAUCCAGUUUGGAUUGAUGUACACAAAACCGGCUUGUUUGUGCUGCCACAUUAAAUCCAUGGGAUUGAUUGUAAACAUAUAAGAGGAUUUAUUUUUAUCAUAGACAUCCAAGCAGCUACAAUUUACUUCUAAUUAUUUAAUACCUAAGUAAAACUAAGGUUGUAAAACUUAACAGUUGUAAAGCUCUGUUUUUUUAGAGAGUUGUCACUUAGUCGCUUAUGAUUUCAAAUUAUUUGAAUCCAGCUCAUUUGAAUUGCUGAGAUUGUUUUUAAAGUAUUUGCAAAUCAGCUAUAUUACUUAUAAUAUGAAUAUUCCCAUGUGCAUCUCCACCCCUCUCAUGCAGGCAUCUGUUUGCUCAUCAGAAUCAAACCUCCAAUGUUUCUGAGGUUUGUCCUGCACUAUUUAUGGAUCCUCAUCUCUAAUAUCCACUGAGUUGCCCAUCACUAUUAAUAGUGUUAUAAUUUCUUAAUCUAGAUAGCUGAAAAUGUUAUGAAAUAUAUUCACAUAUAUUUGCAAUCCUUUUUUUAGAAUUCUGCUAAAAAGGCAGGAUAUAUUUCCCAUCCACUUAUUAAGUUUUGGGUAGUGAUCGGAAAAGCAAGUACUCUAAGCAGUUUCAGGGCCAGAAUCUCCUUUCCCUUACACCAGUUUAUACCUGGGUAACUCCACUGGUGUAAGCAAUAGGAGAAUUGAGCUAGUGCUUUCAAUGCAAAGUUAUGAAACACAUCUUUUAUAAAAGGUUCAUAAGCGUUAGAUUUGUUUCAUUUCUGCUUGGAAAUACUCAAAUGCGUUUGUAACUGUCAUUAACAUUAAUUGCAAUUACACCUACUCACAUGAACAGAUGGACUCCUCUGUUUAGACUGAAGUGAUUUGAAGAGUGUUAGAACACUAAAUAAUAUACAAGAGGGGACAACCCUUGUGCUGAACCAUAAGUUCUCAAUAUGUAGAUUGGACUGUAAAGUAAAUAGCUAAACUUUGAACAGAGUAGAGAUGGAUCAUAGUCUCCAAGUGUGGAUUUGUAUCUGAACCCAAACUUCCCAAGACUUUGCAGGGAUAUUUGUUUAGGACAGUGAUUUCGCUUGUCUCAGUAUAAGAACAGAGGCCAGACAGACAAAAAGGUCCUGAUUCAGCGAAGCACUUAGUCACAUACUUAGGUUCCAUUGACCUCAAUGAGAUUUAAGCAUGUGCUUGAAGUCAAGCAUGUACUUAGGUGCUUCCUUGAAUCGGGAUUGAAGGUUGGAUCUAAACUUCCUCUGUCUUAAACUGUUCAGAUUUUGAGUUUGGACCAUCUCUAAAACAAAAGUGUUUCAAAUGCCUUAAAAAUUGUACAGUUUCAAAUCCAUGCUUCACAGUCUUUCUGCCUUAGUUUUGUAUGAAGUAUCUCAUUUCUAAUUUGGUAGCUUUCACUGGAGAGUUUUGAAAGUCAAAAGUAUACAUUUUUACAGUGGGGGUACUGGUGACUAUAACAUUAACUGGUUUGUUUCCUCAACUCACAUAGAUCUAAACAGAAAAUGCUUUUUAGUGCUAAAACCACAAGGAAAAGACAGAUAUAUAAAUAUAAUAUAUUUGGUUUAUUUGUAAGUUUAUAAACUUUGUGAUUUAUAAAAUAAAUAAUUCCUAGCAUUUCCAUUGUUUUGAUAGAACAUAGUGCACAAUGAUGGCUUAGAUUUAACACAUGUCACAUUUACUAAUAAUCCAAACGGGUAUCCCAUAGCUGCAAAAACUAAUGUGUAUGUACAGCAUGCACGGA